AGCCGUGCUCGCGCGUUGUAAACAACCCCCGAACUUUCGCACCCGUCAGAAACCAUGGAGCUGGAACCGCAAUUUAUCAGUCUGUCCACCAAGUUCCUGUUCAUCAACUACGGUGGCCAGUUCAGCGACUACCGGAACGAGCUGAACACGCUCCUCAACGAGCUCAACAGCUUGGACUACAAAAACCAGCAGAUUACGGACGUCAAGGCCCCAAUCCGGUUGAUUGAGUCGUUCGUCAACAUUCCGACCGCCGAGGACACACUGAUCGUGAAGGCGUGCUGUCUGGUCAAGACGCUGGUGAAUCGACAGAAGAUAACGCUUCCGGGGAAUGUUGCCGUUUUGGUGAUUUCUUGGCUGUUGAAGUGUUUGGACCGUUGCUUUUACCAGGUGGUUUGCGAGGUGUUGGGGACGGUCCAGCUGCUGCUGAGGCACUGCGGGGACCAUGUCGGGGUGUUUGCGGACGUGUUGGUGGGUGGGAAUGGGGUGUUGGUGAGCUUGCUGGGGGAUCCGGAUUAUAAGCGGGUUGAGAGGGGUGGGAAUUGUGAUCGUUGUUCUGCGGGGGAGAUUUACUUGGCGGCUGUGACGUGUUUGGAGGCGAUGUUGGUGGCUUGUGAAGAGGGGGGUUUGAUGGAGAAGCAGCUGCCGUUGAUUGGGGACGCGGUUUUGGGGUUGGCAUUUCGCGUAAAGGUUGAUGUUUUGCCGGAGGCGUCGUUUUAUAGUUUGGUAAUUUCGACGUUUAAUUGCUUGCGGUUGGUGGCGGUUCAGCAGGAGGAGUGGCUGGGGGAGCAUUUGGGACAGUUGUUGGGACUGGCUAAGGCGUAUGUGAUGUAUGGGAUUCCGGGGAUUAAUCAGUUGACCCCGCAGAAGGUCAUGGUUUCGCAGCAGGGAGUUCCGGAGCCGCAGCACAUUCCAAUGAACAAGGGAGGGAAGGUUCCCAAGACAAGGAAGACGAGAACUCCUGCCAAGGGGGGUAAAGGUGGACGGAAUGAAGGGAAGCGGCCUGCUGGAAAGACUGGUUCCACUUGGGAUGAGAACAGUCGACAGCCGUACUCGGAGCACAGUCUCGUGUUGGAGCCUGCAACGGUUACAAACUACAACUCUAGCAACGCUUAUCGAACCAGCGAUUCGGAUUUUUCCGAGAGCGAAUCUUCGCGAGUUCAAAUCGAUCGCCAGAAGUUGUCCAAACUAAGAUUGUCGGCGUUGACGUUGAUAAGCACAAUUACGCAGAACGUGGAGAAACGGAUCAUGUUCGGCUAUUGGCACGCUCUUUUCCCCGAUGAAAGUCGAACUCCGGCCACGGUUUCACUGCUGAACUGCGUCCUGAAAGAUCCUUCGCCCAAGUGUCGGAUAGCAGCCAUUCAGGCAACCUCGUUCAUGCUGUACAAAUCGAAACCGUUCCUCAUUCAAGCGGAAAGCAGCAAGAAACCUCCGACGUCCUUCACUCCCUUCUCAAUCGCCCUCGGCAACAUCGUUCACGAAAUGUACGACAUGAUGACCCAGGCGCUGGCCGACGAAAGUGACCUGUCCGUGCUGACGCAGAUCCUCAAGUGCCUUACAGUGUUCAUUCAGGCCACCCCCUUCCACCGGUUACGCACCGGAAUCGUAACGAAGUUCGUUCGGUUCGUCCGAAUCCUAACCCGGCACAAAGAUCCCACCAUCAAGGUGGGUGCCCUCAUGGUCAUGGGAUUCCUCAUCUCGGUCAGCGAAAUCACCCCGGAAAUAUCCGCCGUGGUCGGCAUUCCAAAAUCCGAAAUCAUCAACAAAAGCAACGAAACGCGCAAGCGAAACACUGCCGAAGCCCUCGCGGUCGAAUUUGCCGACGAAGAGGAAGAGUACGUCCCCUCGGACGACGAACCGGAACCACCGUCCUCCGAGGACGCCUCCCCCGAAGACCACCCCGUCAAAAUCUCCUGGCUGCUGCAAAUCGCGCUCGAAUAUCUGGGCGUUACGGUCAACGCCAAGCAUCACAUCCAAGGCCCGUCGGCCGUCAUGCCCGUCCGGAUGGAGUGCCUGCAGGUGCUGUCCGCGAUGACGUCGCACUACUCGCUGCUGGUGGAGCAUCUGCCGUUGGUGGCGCAAGCACUGCAGGCCUCCUUCCGCGACGCCAUUCCGGAGAUUAAGCUGUACGCGGGCAGGGUGUUGGACCUGCUCGGGCACGCGAUCAAUACGUCGCUGUUGUUGAAGGUCACCAUCGACCCAGACGAACUAUCCAGCUCGGUAGCCUUCUGGACCGCAAUGCUCCCGACCGUCACGGAGCAGAUCCAGGACAUGCAGCAGAACGCAUCGCUGCGAGCAAUUUGCUGCGACGCGCUCGGAAAUUUGGGCGUGCACGUGUUUGAGAAGUUGCCGAGAAAGCCCCAACUGGCGCUGAUUUCCCUCCUCACCGGGUGCACCUUCGACGAGGACAGCGGAGUCGGUUCGGCGGCCGUCCGCGCCCUGUCGGUGUACAUUCUGUUCCCAUCACUCCGCGGCGAUUUGUGCUACAUCGAGAACACAGUCGAGGCCAUUCUGCGAAUCCUGCGGGAUCCGAACGUGGCCGCCCGGGUCAAGGCAAGCUGGUCACUCGGGAACAUUACGGACGCGCUAGUACUCAACGGAAACGGCGUGGGGGAUUCCGUCGAACGCGUCGGAGAUGAUCUGCUGCGCAGGGUCUUCGAGGUGGCCAUCGUGGCCGCCGGGGACAACGACAAGGUUCGCUGCAACUCGGUCCGAACCAUCGGCAACGUGCUGAGAAUGCUUCGCGAGGAUCACUUCACAAAACCCGUCUGGGUCGAGCUGAGCCAGAAGUCGAUAGACAAGCUCGUCCAGAACAUCCUCAGCUCCAACAACGUCAAAGUCAAGUGGAACGCUUGUUUCGCCGCCGGCAACCUCAUGCGCAACGACUUCAUGUUCUCGACCGAAAGCACCCGGAUCGACUGGCAGCGCCAAAUCUUCCCCGCCCUCAACCAAAUCGUCAUCAACUCAAACAACUUCAAAGUCCGCAUCAACGCAGCGUCCGCCCUGGCCGUAGUCGAAAACCGCGCCCACUACGCCACCCACUUCAUCCCGAUUUGGUCCGCCCUCCUGAAAGCCCUCGAACAGUCCGACAACCUGAUCGACUACAACGAGUACAAGCACCGGGACAACCUGCAGGAGCAGCUCUGUCUCUCGUUGUCCCACUUUCUACGACUCGCUACCCGGGACGACCUCCCGCCGAUGGGGCAGGAACUGCUUCCGCUGGUGGAUGCGGUGCGGUCCAACUGGGAUCGGGUCGUCAAUCGGAUACUGCCGGAAAAGUCCGCCAAGAUGAUUGAGGCGCACGUCAGGCUGCGGGAAAUGCAGCCGCUGUUGAAGAGUUCGGAGGCGAAGAUGGCGGCGGAGAUGAUUUUGGGCUGCUUUAGGCAGUGAGAGAGAGA